UUGAAAAAACAUUUGUAUAGCCCUUUGUGCUAAUAUCACACUAUACUCUCUGCAGUGCAUAUAGAAAGUACGUGGAAAAGGGACAUGUCAAGUUUUAAAGCCUAUUAUGAUUAUGAAAAUGGGAAACAAGUGAAGGAUAGAAAAGGAAAGGGGAAAAUAUGCAAUUUGAGUAGGCAUAGCAGAGAUAAAUUCCAGGAGAGACUGGAUUUCAAAUUCUAUGAUUUCCAGGCUAUGGAGAUAGAAAAAGGGUGGAACAAUCUUUUUGUUUCUAUUAUUUCUAUAGAAACAGGGGAAACCAUAGCCAAGUCUGGCAAAGCAUCAGUACUAAAUGGAGAGUGUCAUUGGGAAGACUCCAUGUUAAGUACCAUGUGGAUUUCUGAUCAUUCUCUACAAGACAAUGAAGCCUUCCUCCUUAAGCUUGUUGUUGCCAUGGGAUCUGCCAGGUUUGGAACCCUUGGGGAGGCUACCAUCAAUUUAGCAAGUUACAUUAGACCAGAAACUAGUACUGCAUCAUUGCCUUUGAAACAACAUUGUUCCCAUGGAACAAUCUUACAAGUUAAAAUUCAGUGCUUGACCCCAAGAAGCAAACACAGGAAGAAUGCAAAUUCAUAUGUGGACGAAAUGAGUGUUGGCUCUGAUGAUGUAGACAGUAUAUCCGAUGUAUCUGAUAAUACAUUCUGCAGAACUAGUGGAUCUUCACAUUGGGACCAUUUAGAAAAUUCAUAUUAUCGGAAAGAACUAAGCAGUAAGAGAAUAAGUCCACUGGCAACAUGUUCAGAUCACGAGGUUGAGAGUUCCUUGUCCUUUUGGAUUGGGGAGUUUCCCCAACAAAGUAAUGCCAGUGGAUUGAAGAAGAACAUGAAUGAGAGGAAAGAUUCAACUUGCUCUAAACAUGGCCCUUAUCCACUCUAUGAUGCCUCCAGAUCAAUAUAUUCGUCCCCAGUAACCUCAAGUCCAGGGACACGGCUUAAGGGUAAAGUGGAAGACCUUGGGAAAGUUUUACAUGCUAGUGACACAACCUUGACAAGGAGUGUUGGUUCAUCAAAAGAUCUCCUUGGUGUAGCACAAGUAACCAUUGAUUUGCUUCAUGGUGAAGCAAAGAUGUGGGAAGAAAAUGCUACAAAGCUGAUAGUUGAUGUUGAGAGACUACGAAAGCAUUUAAAGAAGAAGUCAAAGAAUAAAAAGGAACUUGAAAUUGAGUUAUCAUCGUCACGCAGAGAGAGCGAUGCGUUGAAGGAAGAAAUUCAACGACUAACCUCAAUGGUGAAACAAAAUGAAGGCAGAAAUCUUAAGUUCCAAUUAGAAGAGAUGGAUAAUACAAUAAAGGAGUUGAAAGAUGAGAUCAAGUAUCAGAAAGGACUUAACUGUGACUUGGAGUUGAAGCUAAAGAAAACACAGGAGUCAAAGAUUGAUCUUGUUUCCAUUCUCCAGAAACUAGAGAAGAUAAAAGAAAAGCAGAAAAUGGAGAUUACUGGUCUAUCCAUGAAUGGCUUGCGGUUUCAAGAUGCUGAAAUUAAUAGCCGUGCACUUGAAGACAGUGAAGAAGAGGAUUUUAGUUUAAGCAAGGAAGUCUUACCAGAGAUAAUGAGAAAGGAGUUUUGUCAUUCAGAUGUUGAUCUCGGUGCUUAUGGAAAUGCAAUAAGAUGCUUGCAUGAAGGGAUUGAACUACAGGAAUUCCGGAACUUGGAGCUUGAGCACAAACUUAUGCAGGAGAAACAAAAAAAUAUGGAAAGUACUAUCCAGAUUCUGGAGAAAACUCUGGACGAGAAAGAUCAAGAGAUGCAAAGUGCAAGAUGUUUUAUGGCACAAACUUUAGAAGAAAAUGAGGCAAAAUGGAGGAAUAGGCUGUUUGAGAAAGGGAUACAAAUCGUCAACUUUGAAAAGAAGUUAUCUGAUGGUGUUUAUGCUUUUGGCAAUGAAAUCUUAGCUUUAACACAAAGGGUGCAAGAUCUUGAAGCUGAACUUUGUGAGAAACAUGGAGAGUCCAUAAAGGAUCUGAUCAUUUAUAGUUCCUUUUCUUCUAACUUUCCACUGUUUGACACUGAUACUACUACUAUCAACAUCAAUGAAGUGUUCAUUGAGUUAUAUAAGCAGCUGAAGCUUUCAGUAGAGAACCUGAGGGGUCAAGACUCUCUUAUAGGUCAAAUGACAUUAACCAAAAACGGGAGUUGUUUCAGUAUGUCAGAGCUUUCAAAAGAUGCAGGUAAAAUAGAUUUGAAGGAAUUGACCGAGGCAAUCCUGUGUACCAUUAUCCUUUUGAAGAAGUUGCUUGAAACAAAAGCCACUUCCUUUGAGUAUGAGAUUAAUUCUCAAGAUGAGGAAUUGCCUAAUGAUAUGAAGUUUCAUGACUGGACAAAGAAUUCCCAGACUCUAAUCAACAAAGAUGAUUUAAAGUUUGAGAGUUUAGAUGAUGAACACAAUGCUUUGUUUGGACUUGAAGCAGAAAAUGCAGAGUUAUCUGAAAGAAUAUUCGGCUUAGAAGCUGAAAUGAGACAAUUGAUUGAAGAAAAGGAGUCAACUCAUUUGGCCCUGGAGAAUUCUGAAAAUGUUGUUGAAAAUCUCCAGGCUGAGAUCAGGAGAAUGGAAGCUUUAAAUGAGACACAAAGUGUUGAGUUGAAAAGAAAGGAGGAGAGCAUGCAGAAAAAAUGGAUAGAAGCUCAAGAGGAGUGCAGAUUUCUGAAAGUAGCCAACUUAGAAUUACAAGCUACAAAUGAAAAUUUGAUUAAAGAAUCUAAAACUCUUCAAACAACAAACGAUGAGUUAAGAAUGCAAAACUUGGAGUUGCAUAGCCAACAUACAUUAUUGGAGUCUAAACUAGGGGAAUCACAAAUUGCAUUUUUUGAUAUGUUGAAGCUAGUUGAAGAAUUGGAAUACAAGUAUACUUCAGUGGUGGAAGAAAUUGCUUUGAAGGAGAAAACCAUAAAUCUAGACCUAGAUGCCCUUCUUGGGGAAAGCAGAAAGCUAGAUGAAAGGUUUAUUAUGGAAGAAAAAUUUCAAAAACAGAUGUAUUUGGAAAAAACAGCUGAAGUGGAAGACUUGCACAGAGAGGUUGAACACCUAAGAGACCAGAUAUCUGACAUCUGUGAUAGACACAAGAGGUUGGCUUCUAAUAUUGUACUUGAGGUCUAUGAUUUAUGUGCUGCUAAAGCUAUGCUUGAAGCUGCUCUUCAAGAAGAACAUGAGAAAGUAAGGCUACAUAAAGCCAAGCUUGAUAACCUUCAAGCAGAAUAUGAAGUCAUGGAGGAAAAUUAUACUGAUGAACUAGAUGCUUCCAGGGCAAUCCAAGAAACUCAGAUGGUUAAUCAUGAAAAAGUAGCUGUUUUAUUGGAAAACAGCAAAGCAAAUGAAGAGAAACUGAAGGGCACAGUUAGAGGGCUUGAGGCAGAGUUGAAAGCCUCAGAACUUGAGAGGCUACAAGCAACAGAAGAAAUUUCUGAACUAGAAGUUCAACUUCAGAAAACAGAAAUGCUUCAUGACGAAAUUUUUAUCCACAAGAGAUCACUGUAUGAAGCAGAAUUUGAAUACAGAAGAUUGGAAGCUUCAUAUCAGAUGCUAUCCUUAGAGCGUGAUGAGCUGAAGGCUAAGAAUAUAUCUUACAUUCAAAGCAUCUCAACCACUGAGAAAAUUACAUCAGAGUUGGAGGACUGCAAGCGUGUUAAAAUAUGA